CGCCAAGGGGAAGUAUCACCAUCCUGCGCAGUUUUCGCGUCAAGCAAUCAAAAAUCCAGUAGAAUACAUUUGUUAUCAUGACCUGGCGUUUCAAACAAGCAACAUCAAUCACAUUGCAGUAUCUACCUAUAGGUAUAUACGCUCCGAACAACACAUCACAUAGGCAGACCGUUCUCCCGUUUUCCCAUCAAAAUCAUAACAAAAAUUCCAACAAACAUUACCAAAUCAAUGAUUGUUUCAAAUCCUUCAUUCAUUUUUCAAUAAUAUUUCCCGUUACGUUAUAUAAAAGACGAAACCUACACUAAAAUAUAUUUAAAUUAUAUUAUUUUUCUUACAUUAAAAAAAAUUUAAUUCAUAUGUACGUAACACGAAAGAUAAAGCAGUCAAAGUCACAAUUGAUAAACGUUAUCACGCUUCAGUCGAACUCCGAGCGGUCUUGGAAGACAUGCCGUGCCUUAAAAUAUUCACUAAUUUGACAAACAGUUUCAUACCCAAUGAUUUUGUUAAUAAAAUAAUACCGGUCCUAUCCAAGGCUGUGCAAAAAUCACCUGAGAAAUUUAUAUGCCUGAUAUCCCCCGACUGUGCCUUAUCGAUAGGAGGCGAGUCGUCCACACCAGGCGCUGUCGCCACCCUGGAAUCGAUUGGUAACCUGGGCCCAAGCCAAAAUAAAGUCAUCGCCAAAGAAAUAUCAGAUUUCGUCGAAAAGGAAUUGGGAAUCUCGAAAGACAGAUUUUUCUUAACAUUCUACGAUUUGAAGAACUUUAAUGUAGCUAAAGGAGGAAUCACCGUCGAUGUAUUGGAACCUUGAAGUACAUAUUAAAAAUAUAUGUUUAUCACAUAUGGCACAUAGAUACAAAAUCUUAAGCAUAAAUCGUAAUCUUAAUAUAAUUCAAAAUUAUUCCAAAAUGAACUACAUACCUGACCACAAUAUUCAAAAGCUAAAGAUACAAAAAUAAAUGUAUAUGCCUACAAGAAGAUCUUAACAUUAUUUCUUGUUAUUUUUAUUCAUGCAAGUUUAAAAAUAAAUAGAAUUUCGAAUUUA